GCAGAUUCGUUGGUAUUGCACGCAGUGCGCAGCAGAAAGUUGCAAACAUUGGAGGUAAGAAGAUCCUUUGACCAGCAAUGGAGGACAUGGAGAACUGGCCAGCCAAGUUCGCGAUAGAAGCCAAACUCCCAUCUCUAGACGGACGGCAGGCGAGAGUCUUUUUCAAAAGCCUGGGAGCUUUAGUGAUCCUCGCUACUCCCACUUACCCAGUCAUAUUUUGUCACCCACUAAGCUCUGAAUAUGUCGUCGAAGAGAAAUCCCACAUUCUGGGGCAUCUCGAAACCAGCACAUGAGUGGUCCAGUCAGAUCAAGAACGAGGUCGGAUGUUUAUCCUCCCCACAUGCGGAGGAGACUUGUGUCGAUGCAAGGGCGAAUCCGAGCGGUACUGCGUGCUACAAGUCCAAUUGCUUCUUUCGUCCAGGCUUCGAGCUUGAUAGCGGCUGAGAUAACGAAGGAAAUGAUCGAAGCUGCCUCGCUAAGCUCCACAUGUGGACGUCCAACCUCGGAAGGGGAAGAAACCAAGCCCGUUCGAUCUCUGACCCAGGAACGCAUCUCUCACGUCAAGUUUGUGGAGGGAUCCCCAGGUUUGGCUGGAGUGUUGUGGAGGGAACAAGAGUACAUAUAAUCCUGGGAGCCCCUGCGCGCGAAUGAGAG